CGCGAAUUUGCCAGACUGCCCAAAAUAAGUGGAGCAGGGCCCCCAAACAAUCAGAUGGGCUGCCGCGCAGGCCCGACGGGCCUUAUGAAAACGAUAGGCUGCCUCGUCUGGUUCGCCCUCGCUGCCGCGGCGCACGAGCACAAAGUAGCAAAGGUGCACCACACGGCCACGGGCCAGCCCGCGCGGCGCCUCGGCCGCACGGCCGAGCUUUCGGUAAUAACCGACGACCUGCACUUGAAAUUAAACUUGGAGGCCGACUUCGGCGCCUUCCACCGGAGCUACACGGAGCUCUCGAUGGGCCCGGACGGCACCUCCACCACGCGCGCCGGCGCGCGCGGCUGCCACUACAAGGGGUCCGCGACGGACACCAAAACUGGAGAGGGCGGCCGCGUCACGGCGCGCACGUGCGCCGGCUACCCGGAGGCCGUCGUCCGCAUGGAUGGGGGCCGCGUGCUCGAGCUCGCGUGGCGCGACGGCGAGCACGCCGUCUUCGACCCGAGCGACGACGCCCGGCCGCGCACGUGCGGCGUGGACCCGGAGCGCCACGCGCCGCACCCGCCCGACGCGCUCCGGCGCCACCUGCGCGGCCACGACGACCACGGCCACGGCCACGACCACCACGACCUCUUCCAGCGCGCGCUCGGCGCGAACGAGUGCGCGGCCGGCCCGACGAAGUACGUCGGCAUCGUCGUCUUCAACGACGAGAAGCGCUACGCGCGGCACGGCGCCGACGUCGAGGCGCACACGGCCGCCCUCUUCGACGUGAUGCACGACAUUUACACCGAGGGCGCGCCCUACGGCCUGUACGACGGCGACAAGCUGAACUGCCGCGUCGUGCCCGUCUUGAUCGGGCAGGUGACGUGGCGCGACGGCAAUCCCGACUGCGACUCGUGCACGUUCGCGAAUACCGGCGGCACCUACACGCGGAGCGACGGCAGCCACGGGAUGUACUACGCGCGGGGCACUGAUGAUUGCGCCGAGUGCGGCGACACGUGCACGAGCGACGAGGUCUCGGCGACCUGCCUCCUGGACUCGCUCACCGUCUACGUCGCCAGGGAGCGGGCGGCGCUGGAGAGCGCCCUGGGCGUGUCCAUCGACUCGAGCAUCCUCCUCUCGGGCGAGGACUUCUCCUCGUCGACGGCCGGCCUCGCGUGGAUGGAUGGCCUCUGCGUGGACACCUGGUCGGGUUCCGUGGUUGAGGACUCGGGCAGCAUCGCAGUCACGGCGGCGGUCAUGGCGCACGAGCUGGGCCACCUCCUCGGCAUGGGCCACGACGAGGGCGGGCCGAACAUCAUGAACGCGGUGAUGACUUCUGGUGAACCUCAUGACACGGGCAUGCAGUUCCGGGACCUAGCGCGGGAGGAGGCGGACGGCUACUUCACGAGCAAAUACGGGUCCAGUAACUUUUGGCCCGAGUGCCUGAACGAGAACGUCGAGACGUCCUGGGACACGCCCGUGUGCGGCGACGGCAUCGUGGAUAUCGGCGAGCAGUGCGACCCGGGCAUCUUCGUCGACGACGCGUGCUGCACCAGCGAUUGCCUGCUGGAAGCGGGGUGCGGAUGUGCGAACUCGGACGCCUGCUGCACGGACGGCGCAUUGACUGCGCAGGGAGUGGUGUGUCGUCCGGCGCAGCACGACGAGUGCGACGAGGAGGAGGUCUGCACCGGAAAGAUGAGUGACUGCCCCGUCGAUCGGUACGCGUCGCCCGGGACGGACUGCACCGAGAAAAUCUUCCCGGACGACAGCGAUGCGAAGUCCAACGAAGACGGCAAGUGCUACCGGGGCCAGUGUAUUUCGAAGGCGGGCAGUUGUAUCAACCCGAACACGGGGGGCGCCAUUUACGACGGCUCGACGGCCCACACCUACUACUGCAGCGCCUCGGACUGCAGCGUAGUGUAUUGCUCCGAAAGCCAAUUUUUUGGCAGCUGCUUAGGGUAUAAUGAACCGUCCCGCGACGGCACGGAGUGCGACGGGCAGGACUCGGGCAAGCAGUGCCGCACGUCCACCGUCGACAUCUCCUCGGGCGAGCCGGCCGGCUCGUCGUGCGUCGACUCAGACACCUUGAAAGACUACCAUUGGUCCUUGGGCGACGACGGCUGCGAGGAGCCGGUCUGCCUCGACGAGGAAGGCGAAAAGUGCGUGGACCAGUGCGAUGACCCGACCUGCCAAUUGUGCGUGGACGAGUGCGGCACCGCGCCCCAAAUACCAGGCUGGUGCACCGCGGCGCCGACGGUCUCGCCGCCGCCGUCGGUGUCGCCCAAGCCGACGGGCGAGCCGUCCGUGCCGCCCACGCCGGCGCCGACGUCGACGUUCGCGCCCACGGCCCUGAAAGACGACGACUUCGACGAGACCGCCGCGCGCGUCCUCGGCCUGGCGCUCAAGUGGUUCAUCGCCGUCCUCGUCGCCAUCAUGGUCGUCCUCGUCGCGCUCGUGUGGCUGUGCACGUGCGUCGCGAAGCUCUGCCGCCCGAAGCACCGGCAUCAGAAGCCCGCCAAACCCGCCGCCCGCGCCCCUCCCCGGGCGCCGCGCGCCCCCCAGGCCUUGCAGUCGCCGCUGCCCCGGAACUGGUCGCGCCAGGUCGACGGCAUGUCCGGGAAGACGUACUACGUCAACCACGCGACGGGGGCGACGAGCUGGGAGAGACCCGUCGGACGGGUCUAAUCGCUACGCCGUCUAACACAAUUUGCAGAG